CUCUGAUGAUUAAUCAGGUAAAACAAGAAACGAGUGAUGAAAGAAGGAUCGAUAGGAUUAAGUCGGAUAUAAGAGAGAUAGUAAAGACAGUUAGACAACUUGCAGAAAACCAUAUGGCACCAGAUCGUGCUAACCAUGG